GGGCCGCAGCGCCCGCCGCUCCCCCCGCCCCGAACGCCGCUGGGGAGGGGGUCCCGGUGGAGAGGGGGCGGCGGGAGAGGAGGGGGACACACGGGUCCUCCGAGUUCACUCGAGCGCUGUUCGGCGGGCGAUCGAGCGGUGCCGAGCUUGCCCGAGCGCUUCCGAAUCGCUUCCGAUGAUGCCCGAAGUGUCCCGAGUCCUUUCAGGCCUCUCCUGAAGCCGAGCGAUGGCUCCCGAGGAGCGGGGCCCGCGUUUCCCGCCUGCUGGCCAAUCCCGGGGCAGGACGCAGCCGAACCCGGCCGAGUCCCGAAGAAGCGCGGCCCGAAGCGAUACCUGAGAUCGGGGGAUGGGGGAGGCAACCCGAGCCCGCCCGAACAAGGCCGAGUCCCCGAGCGGUCCGGCCCGGAGGGUCGAAGAAUCCCGAGUCCGCUCGAGUUUUUUACGAGGAAAGCCGAGCCGAGCCGAGUCCUCUCCGAGCGCACCCGAAUUCCCUUUCGUCGUCCCGAACGGAGACGCCCGAACGGGCGAACGCCCGAAUCCGCCCGAAAGCGACCGAACCGGGCCGAGCGCUCCGAUCGCACCCGAAGGCAGAACGGUCGCGGCGCAAAGGCCGCCGGGACGCAGGAGGACUGGCGGGGAGGGGGCGGGCAGACAAGAUGGCGGCUGCGAGCCGAGAUGCUGUUUUACAUAAAUGGGAUUUAUUACAUCUUUUACUUCUUGGCCACACUGGCAAUGAUUGUUUAUAAAAGCCAGGUUUUCAGUUAUCCAGAUGAUUUCUUGGUUCCUGAUCUUCUCCUGCUUUUCAUUAUGGCUGCUCUGGAAGUGCUCCGCUUACACUUGGGUUCAAGGGGCAACCUGACAGAAGAAGAGGCUCCCCUGGGGCUCAGUCUUGCCCUCACAGCUGGCAGUGUGGGUCUGUCCCUCUACUUCCUGGUGUGGCAGAGCUAUGUGCUGAGAGCUGAUGUCAUCCUCAACGCUGUCCUGCUCCUCACCUACGGGCUGCAGGCAGUGCUCAAGGUCAUUGCCAUUGCUGCUUUUGUCAGCUGAACCCUGCUCUCAGCACGUCUUCACCACACUGCUUCUCUGCAAGAGUGGGUUUAUAGCUGUGCAGUUUCCCCUGCUGAAAACACAAGGUUUGUGAGGGGCAGAGGUCUCCUCCCUGACUGGCAGGUGAAAGUUCCUGUCUGGCAGCUGUGUCCCAGUCUCAUCCCUCAGCUCCUUCGUGGGCAAGAGGUGGUUCAGCACAGCCACCUGAACACUCUGCUGUUGGUCAGGGAUCAGUACUCAGUCCUGAUGCCCACCCAGCUCUGAGUUCCCACAGCAGAGCAGCAACAUCCACCCCAAGUGACACAGAAACAAAUCAGGGCAGCAUCACACGGACUCAUUUCUGCCUCCUCUCUUUGAGGGCACUGCUUCUCUUCUGCUCUCAUUUAUCUUUUCAGCCCCCAGUGGUAAUUUCCCUGACUUUAGUAGGGCAGUACCUGAUUUAUCCCAGUGGGAGAGAGCAGAAUUAAGUUUUGUGCUGAGCUGCAGGGUGUGGGCAGCUGGUUCUGAGUGAGGCAGAGGCCAGGGGCAGUGGUGUGAGGGCAGCUUUGUUUGAACAGGGUGGCCUCAAGAUAAGCAGAAACAUUCACUCACCCUCCUGUCCUACUUAAAACUCCCCACAGAACGUUGUCAGGUCUAUUUCUAUUUGGUGUUAAAUGUCUCUGAUGUUGCAUAAAUGACUCCAUGCAAGCUUUGUCUUUCACAUGAACUGUGGGCAAAUCCAGAUAUUUUUUUUUUUUACUGUAUCAAAAAUAGGUAUUAAUGUAAAGCUUGGGGAGGGUGUGGGGGUUUUGCACAGGCAGGUUUUAUAUUCAGAAUUUCCUAUUUUUGUAUUUAUUUAUUCAAAUAAAUAAUGGUUUAGAUCUAA